CAUAUUGUAUAAACAGGUCGGGCGGUCUUGACGACGUUGAGGUGAAGUGUAAUAAACAGAGUGUCAUCUCCCUCAUCUACGGUCUAGCUGACUCUGGACAGUUUAACAAUCACCCUCAGGAUACAAUUACAGGAUGGUAGCCAGGUGCAUCUGUGAAAUAUGCACGUGCGGGCGGCAUCGGUGUCCCCAUCGCCCCACCAACGUCAUCAACAAGACAAAUCAGCCUUGUAACCUGACAGAAUACACCAAUGUGUACAAACAGCACCCCAUGGUUCCUCGUGAGAGCUUCAAACCAGUCAACGAGGCCAUCAGGGGGGAACCAUUCAUGGAUGCCACAACACAAAGACAAGACUACAUCAAACACCCGAUGGAAAAGCCGUUUGUUCGAGUACAGGAUCAGUACAAGAAGCCAGACGGAGUUAUGGACAACAUCACCUCCUAUAAAAAAGACUACAUUGAGAAGCGAGGAGCACCUGCCAGACCUGUGAAACUUGAUGGACACAGACAGGUUACAGGCAAAUUUGAAGGGGAGCCUACAUACAAAUCUGACUUCAAAAAGUGGGAUCUGUCAGGCCGUGUAGGACCAGUAUCGAAUACAGAUGCCUGGGAGAGACCCAAUGCCAGGUUUGAGGGUGAGAGUACCAUGCACCAUGACUACAUGCAGCAUGCCCAGCCCAGGCGCGGCCUCAUCAAACCUACAGAGGCCACACGCAUGUCUGACCAGCCAUUCUUUGACCGCACAGACUACCGCGAUUCCUACAUCAAACACCCUAUGGAGAAACGAUUUGUUCAUGCAACGGAAGGAUACAAACCCCCAAAGGCAGCCUUCGACGGACAGACAACCUCCAAACGAGACUACCUAGGUCACACUGGAGAGAAGACACAAAGCUUCAAGCCUGAAGGAGUGCCAUUCCAAUCUGAUGCUCCUUUAGAAGACAGCACCACAAACCGCAACGACUAUAAGAAAUGGCCAGCACAACGCCCAUAUUACCACGCUCCAGAUCAGUACAAGGCCCCAGAGGGAAAGAUGGAGAGCAACACGACACACAACGCCACCUACAGACAAUUUCCCAUCCAAAGGAGCCUGGCCAAGCGCCCAGAUUCUGCCAACAAGGCUAGGAAUGCUGCAUUUGAUGGCAGCACCAGCUAUGCCAACGACUACAUCAAGUGGGACAUGGGUCAGAAGAAUAUGCCAAUGGUACGUGAUGAGUACCACCCAACUGAUGCACCCUUCGAGGGCAUGUCAACACAGAAGGCCCACUACAUUGCCCAUCCACAGCAGCCAUUGAGGAGCUUCAAGCCAGAUAACACUGCUCUACAAAGCAAUGCCAAAUUCGAAGAUGGUACUAUGUAUCGUACUGACUACACAGCCAAGAAAGUGGGUCUCUGUCCAGCAAUUUCUCUGGAUGGCCCUACAUCAGGUUUCCAAUUUACUACCCUCGACAGUAGAGGUCACAGAGUGUAUCAGCCUGUCAUGGAAACCAUCACCCCAUUAAAUGCUGCCCGGCAAACUCCAAACAAGCUAACAAUGUCGGUAGCUUAAGGGGAGGUAAUCAGACUUUAGCCCAAACUAGCAAUCUAAUUAUAUUGUCUGUGAUAUGAUAAUUAGACACCAUUUUAUGUUGUCACACCAUGUGACAGGUACAGUAGCUUCCACAAGUCACAUAGAUAAUAUGCAUCACAUACUAAGGUUGUUGUACACCUUACAGUUCUUCAAAAGGAUACAGCAACUUUUGCGAGUGGAAAAACAAAUAAUUUCUUGAUAUUUAUUAUGAGAACUAUACGACAGAUACGCAUUUGGCAUGCCAAGCUCAAGUGCUUGUGAUGGAUAUUUUCUUGUGAUCUGUUAAAUGUUUCUGCUAAUUAAUUUGUAAUUACUGAAACAAGAUGGAAUUCUGUACCUUUAUCCCUUGUCGUGUUUCGUUUGGAAUAUGACGGGAAUGAAUUUAGAAUAUUUUGUUAUUGAAAUAUCAUACUGUGUACCCUUUGUACUGUUGUAAUAUUUUGUACAGAUCAUAUAUUAGAAUUAUUAACUGGAUAUUUCUAUUACAAAAACUAUUUUUUGUUUGAAUUUAUAGGAUUUUCAAACUAUUUUCAUCUAUGUAAUAUUUUUUUAACAUUGCUUCCGUUCAGAGACAUAACAGAUUUGUGGGCGUAUUGACUUGUCUCAUUAUCAUAAUUAUAUGUGUACCUGUGCUAAUAUAUUGAAUGCUUUGAUUUAAAGCAUAUGCUUAAUAUUAAAGGCCAAAGAUCUAUGUAAAUGAAAGUACAGUAUAUUACAAUUUUUUUGUGCAAGAAAAGCCACCGCCCACUAUGUUUAAAUAAUAAGCUGAACAUGUUUGUAUAUCACCUUCCUCAGGGCUGGCGUGUACUUUCCUAUUUGUGUGUUUUUGUUAAAUAACUCCUUAUACUGCUGAAGUACAUGAGUAUAGAUUUAUAUACCUAUUAUAAUAUAGGUGUAUUAUAAUAGAUUAUGAUAUAAUUCUGUGACAAAUUCACUCCGUCCAUUAUUUUAUAAGACAACACUAUUAUUGGUGGUUACUGUUGAAAUUGUUAUAAUUUUGAGAAUAAAUCAGACUUUUAUUGAUUUAUUCCUCAGGAACACAAAGUUUUACAAACUUCUUUUCACUUAUUUAUAUGUUUGCCUUUAAAAACUCGUUAAGGAAUAUAAUUUAUUUGAUAUUUUUUGUGCCUUUAAGUUUGAAAAAACAUUAGACUUCCCUUUUUUUUUUAGAAAAAAGCCUAUUAUUUCUAUAACUUGUAUUACAUAGUUCACAAAAAACUUUAACACAAACUAUAUUUGCUUAUUUGAUAAUUGCACACUUUGUUCGUGAAAGUGCUACCUAUGUUUUAAUUAAUUCCAAACCACACUAUGAGAACGUUCUCCUAUGGAGUAUAAACAGCAUGCCUUGUUCUGAUUUUCACUAGCCUCUUUAGCUGUGGAGUAGAUGUUAUGUUUUAGACAUAUUAUUAUUUAUCCCCUGUUAGUGUACAACAUUAGUUACUGGGUAUUUAUUUUUUAGGAAACCUUAUCUGUGAUAUAUAUAUACGAUCUUUGUUCUUAAACAUUGAUGAUGGGGACAUUGAUAUUCAGACUUAUAUUAUAUUAAGUAAGAAAUUAACAGGGUUAUGUGUCCUGCCCUUUUCUACUGUAUACAGGCCUUUCGAUGUUACUACUUCUGUAAAAGUGGUGUUUUCAUCAUUACUUAUUUCAGACAAUAAUAGUUUUUGGGCCUUUUUAGAAAUUUGAAAGGUUUUUAAAUUAUUCCAAGUAAUGUUAGAGAGAAGUAUUAUGCCAUAUACAUUAGUGACCAUGGGUAACGAUCACAUGAACUUCACACAAAUUCUCAACCAUCAGUAUACAUACAAAACAUGAUUGUAUAUUUACACUUGCAAAGUUGUGUCACUAUAUAACAAUGCCAGACCGAUUUGUUUACCAUUCUUGCAUGGAAACAUUGACCUUUGAACUUGGUAUGAAAAUAUGACAGGGUACGGAACUACUUUCGCCAAGCACAUGGCUUUGUUUACAUUUUAAAUUGGGUAAAAUUUGAUGACAUUUUAGUAAUGUAAAUAAAACUGCUUGUGAUUUCAUUUUUUAAAGAAAUUAUGUACAAAUUAACAUAUUUCAUUUCAUUGGUAUAUUCAUUUAAACUGGAAAAGUAAAUAAAUACCUGCCUAAUAGA